AUGGUUCUCUAUUUAUUUGUGGUAGUUCGUUCUAUUUAUUUAUCUAUCUAUCUAUCUAUCUAUCUACGGUGGUUUGUUGUUUCUUUCUCAAGUAGUUCUAUCUAUCUAUCUAUCUAUCUACGGUGGUUUGUUGUUUCUUUCUCAAGUAGUUCUAUCUAUCUAUCUAUCUAUCUAUGGUGGUUUGUUGUUUCUUUCUCAAGUAGUUCUAUCUAUCUAUCUAUCUAUCUAUCUAUGGUGGUUUGUUGUUUCUUUCUCAAUAGUUCUGUCUAUCUAUCUAUCUAUGGUGGUUUGUUGUUUCUUUCUCAAGUAGUUCUAUCUAUCUAUGGUGGUUUGUUGUUUCUUACUCAAGUAGUUCUAUCUAUCUAUCUAUCUAUCUAUGGUGGUUUGUUGUUUCUUACUCAAGUAGUUCUAUCUAUCUAUCUAUGGUGGUUUGUUGUUUCUUACUCAAGUAGUUCUAUCUAUCUAUCUAUCUAUCUAUCUGUUCAUGUGCAUGAUGAGUGA